GCUCAUUCCAUGAGAAAUUAAAUAUGAAGCAACAGGUAGUUUUUGUCAGCACGUGUUCGAAACGUGAGAGCAGUUAUUCCGUGCGUCUCUUACGCUGUUCGUAAGAAAUAAGCAAACAAUUGCUGCGAAAGCUUGAUAUAAUUGAAUUAAACGUGCAAAAUGCUGCGCAAAGUGCCAAUUAUAGUUAUACUGGGCUCGACAGGCACGGGAAAGACGAAGCUAUCACUUGAGCUAGCAGAACGUUUUGGCGGCGAAAUUAUUAGCGCGGAUUCUAUGCAAGUUUAUACGAACUUGGAUAUCGCCACAGCAAAGGCCACCAAAGAGGAGCAGGCACGAGCGCGGCAUCAUCUGCUAGAUGUUGCAACACCGGCGGAACCAUAUACCGUCACGCAUUUUCGCAAUGCGGCAUUGCCCAUCAUAGAGCAGCUGCUGGCCAAAUCUAAGCCCCCAAUUGUGGUUGGUGGAACGAAUUACUAUAUAGAAUCCCUACUGUGGGACAUACUUGUGAACACCAAGGACGAACACCAGGCCUCGGUAGACAGUCCACUGUUCUCCGCGGAGGUAAUGGCCGCCAUGUCAACAGCGGAACUGCAUCAGCAUUUACGGAAAGUUGAUGCCGGCAGCGCGAAUCGAAUACAUCCCAACAAUCGCCGUAAGAUCCAGCGCGCCAUUGAGGUCUACCAAAGCACGGGCCAGACCUUGACCGAAAAGCUAUUGGAGCAGCGUAAACAGCCAGGUGGCAACCGUUUGGGAGGUCCAUUGCGCUAUCCACACACCAUUUUGCUCUGGCUGCGUUGCCAGCAGGACGUGCUCAAUGAGCGUCUGGAUAAGCGCGUGGAUAACAUGUUACAGCAGGGUCUGCUGCAAGAGUUGCGUCAAUUCCACAAUAGCUACGCGGACGUCACAGUCCAGGCUUAUACAAAAGGCGUCCUGCAGACCAUUGGCUACAAGGAGUUUGUGCCGUAUUUGUUAAAAUACGAUGCGCAACAGGAUCUAAAGUUGGAGGAGUAUCUUAGUGCCCACCAGUACCAGCUGCCUACUGCAGAGCAGCUGGCAGCUAUGGAGACGGAGAAGGCGGAGCAGCUCGCUGCUAGUCUCAAACUUCUGAGCAGCUGUUGCGAUGAACUGAAGCUCGUGACGCGUCGCUACUCCAAGAAGCAGUUGAAGUGGAUAAAUAAUCGAUUCUUGGCCAGCAAGGAUCGACAAGUGCCCGAUCUCUAUGAGCUGGACACCAGUAUCGUAAGCGCCUGGCACGAAAAUGUGUACAAGCGCGCCGAGUGCAUCAUCGACAGCUAUUGCCAGGCGCAAAUCUGUGAGAUUGCGCCCAUGGCCAAGCGCGUACAUCCCGGCGCCGAACUCAACGAGGAGACGAGCAACUUCUGUGCCAUUUGCGAACGUCACUUCAUCGGCGAAUAUCAGUGGAGCCUGCAUCUCAAGUCCAAUAAACACAAACGUCGGCGCGAGUCGCAGCGACGCAAACAGCAAGAGGCAGACGCAAUCGGACCCCAAUCGAAGCCGGCAGCAACAACUGUCGCCGAGUUUUCCGAUAAGACGCUGUAAACGAGACGAACAGACAGUUGCAAUAAUAAAUGUAUUUUACGUACACACAACCUGAGUAGUAGCUUAUUGAUGUGAGAGUGUAUUUUGCGAAGAUCAUUAUUGUUUUGCCGUGAAAUAUGUAACAUGAUGAAACAACUGCUUUAUGU